GUCGGUCUUCAAUUAGUGUGUAUUGACACACAUUUGUAGAACAUGGAAAAAUUGCAGCAUAACCAACACGUCAUUUAUCACUGAAUUUAUAUUUGUAUUAAAAAGAAAUAUAUAAAAUCAUUUUUAGCAACAGAUUUUACUAUAAACCCAUUAAUUUAAAAAUAACACUUAAUAAGUUUACACUUAGUGUGAAAUUUGAGUGCGAUUGAGUAUCAAAGUUAAUGAAAAACAAUUUUCUUAAAUUCAAAUUGUUUUUGAUAAAAAACUCAGUGAAAAUGUUCAAUCUUUAUCAACACAUGAAAGCGAAGGAUGAAGGCAAAGAGCAGAAGGAACCAGAGACAACUGGCCAUGAUAGGUUCUACCAGGAACGUCCAAGGACCAGUUACAGGAAGAAGAAACGUCGCGGUGCCUGCAGGAGGGCUCAGUCGGCUGCUGAGCUGAACCCCGACUCGAUAGCAGCUGCGAAUAGGAGAAAUGCCUUCAGAAUACGAUCAGUGUCUACCGACAGAGAUGAAAGUGAAGAUACUGGGAGACAGGAUGACGCUGAAGGAUCAUCGUGCGCUUGUAGCUCAAAAGAGAAUUCCGAGCGUACUCCUCUCGUGGCUCAGAAAAUAGAUUCGUUGGCCAAACUUCUCUUCAACAAAUCGCUGAUCGGCACUGGAUCUGGCAAAUCUUCGCCUUCUGAACCACCAGCUUCGCCUAGAGUCGGCGAUCGAUCCAUGGAAAGUUCUGCUGCGUUAGCUAUCUGCACCGAAUAUUUAUCACAAACAUCCAGAUAUGAUCUGAUAUCUCAAUUGAGUGCUAUCGGCUCUCGGGCAAACAAACAUUGGUUUGCAAUACACGAUAAUUCCAUUAAAACUGACAGACUUCUGAUUUUGAUGCCCCUCACAAAUAAGUGCCCCAUUGAACCGACUGAAAGGUCCAGAGGGCUCAUCAUGGAAUUAUUUCGAGCCCUGCACCAUCCGUACAUCUGUCCAGUAUUGGAUUUGGAACUUUGCAAUGGGCAUGCUCUUGCUGUUUUGCCUUUUAACGCGCGAGGGAGUUUGAAGGAUCUUAUUUAUAAGAGUACAUGGAACGAGGAAUAUUCUCGGAAAUACAGCUCAGUUGGCACCGGCCUUCCAGCGUGGCAAGUGGCUAGAUUUGGACGCCAGAUGCUCGAGGGUCUGAUGUUUCUCAAGGAGAAAGGGUUCCCGCCAUUUCGACAUUUGCAUUCUGGAAAUGUAGUAGUGCAGAAUGGAGUCGCACGAAUAUGCGGUUUGGAGAACACCCUGAUCGGAGCUCUCCCUCGGUGCCCAAUAGCACUAGCCGCUCCAAUCGACCAUGUGGAAACACUGUCGCUCGGACACGUGCUGUUCGAGAUGUGCGCAGGCGCAGAGCUGGACCUCUCGUUGUUACCCGACUUGUUGCCUAAUUAUCCACAUGUCGUAGAAAUAAUAGAGCUGAUAUUCGGUGACCGCACACCGAGUCUACACGAGUUAGUGCUGUGUGAACUGUUCAGGAAGAUUGACUUGCGCGAGAUGAAGGGGCCCUGUCUACCGAAUUUCAGUCAACGUCUGUCACGGUCGUGCCUGUCAUUGCUGGGCGAGGUGGCAAGACGGCAGCCUGGCUCGCCCAGUACUCGAACCCCGCCUCGACGUUCUGGCCCCGUUUCCCCGGCCACUCCACCAGCCAGAUGGAGGCAUUUUCCUAUGGAACAAGACUACACAGAGGAAUGGCAGUGGUGAUGGGGAUUUGUCUACUUAAAAUGAUUUUUGAUUCUUCAAUUGGCAUUAAAUUAAAUA